UAGCGCCGGGCGAGCGAUCGGCAGGCGGGCGAGAUGGCGCAGCUCCGCCUGACCCGCUUCUUCCCGCUGAGCAAGGCCGGCCUUGGGGGGCCGCGGGGCGCCAAGCGGCGCAAAGGGGGAGCCGGGGCGGCGGGGCAGCCGGGCGGCGACGGGGACGGCCCUGAGCAGGAGCCGCAGCUGGCUCCGCCGGGGACCCCGCUCGCCUCCGGACCCCCGCCGGCCGGGCCGCGCAGCAGGAAGAGGCGCCGGUCGGAGCCCGAGCUGGAAGCGGAGCCGGGCCCCGUCGCGCCGCAUCGCCGCCCGCCCAGAGGGGGGGCCAGGAAGAGGCUCCUGAUGCCGGAGGAGGAGGAGGAGGAGGAGAGGCCGGUCUCUGCUUGCCCCACGUGCCCUGCAGCUCUGGGGCCUCCCAGCCCCUCCGCCCUGGAUAAGGAAGCGAAGGAGUUGGUGAAUGAGAUUCUCUCGCCUCGCUUGAAGUUGGGGGGAACCUCAACAGCUGCGGCCAGUCCGGAGGAGAAGGAUGCAUCCCAAAAGCAGCUCCUGGAGCUGAGGGGCCGUCUGGGCAAGAUCCAUAGCCUGGUGCAGAAGAUCAAGGGGGGAGCCGCCAACCUGGAAUCUGGUGGCGACCUAAAGAGCCGACUGGAACGGGCCCGGUUGCUGGAAUCUAAGAUCCGCCAGGGGAAGCUCUCCCCGAAGGAGGAAAGGAAGGAUCUAAAAUCCACAGCCAAGAUCAGUGAGAAGGUGCCUGCCUACCAGCGCUUCCACACCCUCGCGCAAGACGUGCCCCCUGGUCUUCUCCUGCCGUACAAAUACAAGGCGCUGGCUGAGAUGUUCCGCAGCACGGACACCAUCGUGGCGAUGAUGUUCAACCGCUCGGAAGCGGUCACCUUUGCCAAGGUCAAGCAAGGCGUGCAGGACAUGAUGCGCAAGCGCUUUGAAGAACAGCACUUGGGACAGAUAAAAACGGUGUACCCGGGUUCUUACGUUCUGCGCCAAGAGAGAAACAUCCCUGCCUUCGGUGGACCAGGCAAGCGAGGCACCUACCAGCUGACUGUCGAACCAGGGCUGGGAGCAGGGGAGAAGCUGACCGCUUCCCGGCUGAUGGAACGCCGGAGCAUCUUCUGCAAGAACUUGACUGCCAUGGUCAAGGAGCACCACAAGGCGUUCCUGGCUUCUCUGGACCCUCCAAUGGUGAUAGCAGAGGAUGAGCUGACCCGCUGGCACCCUCGCUUCCGGGUAGACGAAGUGCCUGAUGUUGUGCCCACUGAGCUGCCCCAGCCUCCCCAGGUGGACAGGGUCACCACUGCGCAGGAGGUGCUGGCCAAGGCACAAGGCAUGCUGACACCUAAGAGCACCUGCAUUUUGGGACUCCCCAAACAGAUGGAAAAGGCGUUAACCAACCUGGUCCUAAGGACGGCAGAUAGCAGCCCCCCCACCCCGCAGCCUCCUCGCCCAGCUGUGCCUGGAACCCCCAACAGCCUGAAAGGCGUCUCACAGUCCUUAGUAGAAAGGGUCAGGGCCAAGGAGGCUCAGAAGCUGCAGGCGCUGAUGACACGGAGCCCCCAGCAGGAGCAGCGGCUGGCGAUGCUGACCCGUCUGCCCGAGAUGGCACGCAUCCUGCGCAACAUCUUUGUGGCAGAAAAGAAGCAGGCCCUCUCUAUGGAAGCGGCAUGCCAGCGGAUGAUGGACAGCUACCAAGCUCUCAUGCCCAUGGGAGAGAUGGAAAAGCACCUCCACCUCUUCGCAGAGCUCCUGCCGGAUUGGCUGCGCAUCCUUCCCAUUCGCCAAGAGAGUUACCUGAAGCUGGACAAGGCCAUGGACCUCAAUAUUGUAACCGAGAGGCUGACCGCAAGAAAGCGGAAAGAGGAGACACUCUGAUUUGGGGGGGGGGGGAAAGGAAGACCCCCAGAAAAUAGACUUCCUGGGGGGAGUAUACCCUUUUUUCUUGUCUUUGUUCUAAACAGAAGGAUUUUCUCCAACGGAAAACUCGCGAGCUUUUUGGCGCAGCCACAACAGGAGGGUGGGCAUUAUAUGAUUCAACAAACAAAACAUUCUUGUCUCUUGGGAAGUUUGGAAAAGGUGUAGCUGCUUUUCCAGGAGGGGGGGGGAGGUUGGAAUCCCACAUCCUGUCCGUGAGUUGAGAGCAAAGAGGGACGAUUUUUUUUUCUUUUAAAGAAAGGCUUGUUCUGUCUUGAAAUGCGAUUUGUAUAUGAAACUUGGCAUUAAACUCCAUUUACUUGAAGCUGGACAAGCACUUCUCUACCCCCUCCGCUCCCCGAGUGCAAGCAAAAGCCCAAGGCUGGCUCUGGAGCAGCUCCCCAAGCAUCAGAGAUUACCCCCCCCCCCUUGAGCAGUUCUGCUUGUAGCCCCCUUUGGCCACAGGACCUUAAGGAGCCCCAUCAGGGUAAGGUACAAGAGCACUAUGUCUUGAAUAGCAAAUAGUUUUACAGAAGUGUUUAUUCGUUCCAGCAAUUUCUAGGGUAGCGAGACAAGAAGCCCUCUAGUCACAACAGGAAGAUACAUCCUCACCUACCAAGUAAUCCAAAUUACAUGAAUAGACACGUUUAGCCUCUACUCUGGCUGGCCUUGUCCAAGUGGAAUUGCCAGGAACAUUCACAGGGCUGAUGUGGGAUUGAGAGUGAAGUCGGUCAAAUGGUUUUGUGGUUGGGUUGCUUAAGGCCCAGCAAACUGGCUUUCUGGGGGCCGUGGGCCCAUCCU